AUGAGAGUUUUGUCAAUAGGAUGGGUUAUUCUUGGGCACACCUUAAUGAAUGCUAUGACCCUUUCUAUUUUAGCAAAUCCUAACAAGAUUCUUGAUUUUCUAUCAAAACCAGUAGCAGUUAUUGUAUUGUCUGGGUCAUUUGCUGUUGACACCUUUUUCUGGAUUUCUGGGUUUUUGGUUAGUUAUCUAUUGAUAAUCGAAAUAAAUAGUCCCAAAAAAAUGAACUGGCUAUUAAUUUAUGUCCAUAGAUACUUGAGAAUAGUUCCUGUUUAUUUAUUUGUUAUUUUAUUUUCAUGGGCUCUUCAAAAGCAUAUGGGAAAUGGGCCAUUGUGGUGGAAUGAAUAUUAUUAUAUACUUUUCUUGAUUAUUUUUGCAUAAAUAUUUACAAUAUAUUAUUUUUUAUAAAAGGCCAGAUAGGUCUGGUAUAUAACAAUGAUUGCAAAAAAUGGUGAUGGACAAAUAUUUUAUUUAUCAAUAAUUUAGUCCCAGGUUGGAAAGGCAGCAAUUGCUUAGGCCAAUCCUGGUAUCUCUCUGACGACAUGCAAUUUUUCAUAAUCACUCCGCCAAUUAUUUAUUUAUAUCACAAAUACAAUAGAUAUAUUGGCUGGGGAAUUUUAACAUUUUUUAUUGGAUUUUCUAUCAUAAUUUCAGGCGUUAUUGCUCAUCAUUUUACCCUAAACGCUGUAGGCUUUGCAGGAACGACCUGGGGAGAUUAUUAUGACUAUUAUUACGUAAAGCCUUAUUGUAGAAUAGGGGUAUAUGCACUAGGUAUUUUAACUGGAAUUGUUGUUUAUUCAUAUCGCCAAUACGUGCAUAAGCAAAAACAUUAUGAUCCUAUAGGUGUAUGAAUCGGAAAAAAAUUAGAAAAUAAACCAAUUCGUUUUUUUAUAGGCCUUUUAGGCCUUGCUCUAAUUAAUAUUAUUAUUUUUGUCCAAUAUGACAGUACAAAACACCCAGGACCUUAUAUGAACUUCCCUCAUUGAACUCAUGAACAAAAUGAAGCUUAUGUAGCUUUCAGCCGAUUUGUCUUUGGAUUAGGACUUACACUGCUAUUUUUACCUGCAUUAUUAGGACAUUUUACAUGGAUGGCAGGAUUUUUAUCAUUAGAUAUUUGGACUCCUUUAGCAAGACUGACUUUUUGUUGUUAUUUGGUGCAGUCUGAUAUCAUUGAUAUGAUUUAUCAUGCACAAACGUCUGCAGUUUAUUUAGACAAUUUUUUGAUAUUUAAAGACUCAACUUGGUAUUUUAUGUUUUGCUUUUUGAUGUCGGUACCAUUUGUGCUGCUUAUAGAAAUGCCAGCACUCGCAGUGGAAAAAUUGACAUUUUCAUCAAUAAGAGCAAAACAAGUUGUUGAAGAUGAAGAAAAAGGCAAAUCUCUUUUAACAAUGAAGGAUAAAAACGCUGGUUAA